AUGAGCAAACAAAUUUUUAAAAAUCUUGCUAAUAGUUAAAUUUAUUUGAAAAAAGAUACUAGCUAUGUCUCCCUAAUAGUUUUAUUCCUAUUACUAAUUAGUAAAAUAAAAAUAAAAAAUCAUUUUAAUCUUUUUUAAACAUUUAAAUAAAAAAUAAAUAUAUUGCUUUAACGCACAAGUUAAAAAAAAAUAAAUAAAAAAAUCUUAAAUCCUUUCUAACAGAUAUAAAAUAAACAAAUAAACAAACAGAUAAAACAAUCAAAUCAAAUUAAAUUAAUAGAAAAAAUAAAUCAAAUUAAUUAAAAAUUAGAAAGAAAGAUAAAAAAUAACUAUUAAAACAAUCAUACAUAAAAAACAUGA